CUAGUAGCCUGCUUCGGAGCAUUCCUCUUCGUUCAGUCCACAUGCAUUCAUUCUUGUUUCGCUAAAGGAGGUGUAGUUUGUUCGAUUGUUGCUGCUGAAAGGGGUUGGACAAAAAUAUUUUUCACCAUGAACAACUGUAAUAGCUUCGUCAACAUGGCGUCGAUAGGAGAUUUCGACCCGCUCAAUGCUUCCAUCCCCGCCACCAAAGUUGAAAUCACAGUGUCUUGCAGAAAUCUGCUGGACAUGGAUACCUUCUCCAAAUCAGACCCAAUAUGCGUUCUGUACACACAAGGCAUCGGCAAUAAGGAGUGGAGAGAGUUUGGAAGGACAGAGGUGAUUGAAAACACUCUCAACCCGGAGUUUGUUCGUAAAUUCAUCUUGGAUUAUUUCUUUGAGGAACGACAGAAUCUGAGAUUUGACCUGUACGAUGUCGACUCAAAGAGCUCCAACCUGUCAAAACAUGACUUCCUUGGCCAGGCGUUCUGUACGUUGGGAGAGGUGGUGGGAUCGCUGGGCAGCCGUAUGGAGAAACCUAUGGCGGGCAUUCCCGGAAAGAAGUGUGGAAACAUCAUUGUUAAGGCAGAAGAGAUGGGAAACUGCAGGGAGUCAGUGAUGAUGCAGUUCUGUGGGAAUAAACUGGACAAGAAAGAUUUCUUCGGCAAGUCAGACCCAUUCCUCGUCUUCUAUCGCAGCAAUGAAGACGGCACGUUCACAAUCUGCCAUAAGACAGAGGUGGUGAAGAACACACUAAACCCAGUGUGGCAGGCCUUCAAGAUACCUGUCAGAGCACUCUGCAAUGGAGACUAUGACAGAACGAUCAAGAUAGAAUGCUACGACUGGGAAAGAGAUGGAAGAAGCCAUGACUUCAUAGGAGAGUUCACUACCAGCUACAGAGAGCUAUCCAGAGGCCAGUCCCAGUUCAAUGUGUAUGAGGUUAUGAAUCCGAAGAAGAAAGGAAAAAAGAAAAAAUACCUAAACUCUGGAACGGUAACUCUGCUCUCAUUCCUGGUGGAUAUAGAAGUCACCUUCCUCGACUACAUCAAAGGAGGAGUGGGCCAAGGAGGGACCCAGAUUAAUUUCACAGUGGCAAUUGAUUUCACCGCUUCAAACGGCAACCCAGCCCAGCCCACCUCCCUCCACUACAUGAGUCCCUACCAGAUGAAUGCCUACGCCAUGGCCCUGAAGGCUGUAGGGGAGAUCAUCCAGGACUACGACAGUGAUAAGAUGUUCCCUGCUUUGGGCUUCGGAGCCAAGCUGCCCCCCGACGGACGGGUCUCACAUGAGUUCGCCCUGAAUGGCAACCCCCAAAACCCAUACUGUGCAGGUAUAGAUGGAGUGAUGGAGGCAUAUUACCAGAGCCUGAAGUCUGUCUGCCUCUACGGCCCAACCAACUUUUCUCCUGUCAUCAACCAUGUGGCCAGGUAUGCUGCGUCGGUGAAUGAUGGCUCUCAGUACUUCGUCCUUCUCAUCAUCACAGAUGGAGUCAUCUCAGACAUGGCCCAGACCAAGGAGUCCAUUGUCAACGCAUCGUGUCUUCCCAUGUCGAUUAUCAUCGUAGGGGUGGGACCAGCAGAAUUUGAUGCGAUGAUCGAGUUGGACGGGGAUGAAGUGAGGAUCUCGUCGAGAGGAAGAUAUGCGGAGAGGGACAUUGUUCAGUUUGUCCCGUUCAGAGACUACAUUGACCGGACAGGGAACCACAUCCUGAGUAUGGCCCGUCUAGCCAAGGAUGUCCUGGCUGAGAUCCCUGACCAGUUCCUCUCCUACAUGAGGACCAGAGGCAUCAAGCCCUUGCCCACACCCCCUCCCUACACACCCCCAGGGUACCCUGUCCAGAGCCCUGAUGGACACCCAUUAAAUACCCCCCCAGGACACCCCCUGCAGACGCAGAUCUGAAGGGUGCGGAGAUGCCCCAUGGUCUCAAACAACACCUCUUCAAAUAUUUCUUUGUCUCUCUCCUCUCUGCAUCACUCAGUGAUAGGAGAGGCCUUCUUGGCUUUCUCACUCUCUCUCUCAUUGCACUAAUGGAGACUGACUGACUGGCAGAAUGUUUUUACUGAGCGGUUCUACUUUGGAACAGAUGGAGUCAAUAAGGGCAUGUUUACUUUCAUUGUCAAGCAUUCCUCUGUCUGGACUUUCUGUAUAUCGGCAAAUGGAGACACUCUCUGGGACACAGAUAGACAGAGUCUGGUCUUCCCAGCUCACCUGGCAUGGAAUAGCAGAGUUAAGGAAAGGAUGAAUGGUGGAAGGAAGAAUGGGGACUGGCCUUUUCAGGAGCAGAGUGGCGAAAAGGUUCUAUUAUCUCUGGAUGUGGAAUCACUUGACUGUUGUACUGGAAAUGUAUUUCCUUCUCUCUCCCUCUAUCUCUGGUCUCUUUCUAUCUCUCUCUACUCUAUCUCUGGUCUCUUUCUAUCUCUCUCUACUCUAUCUCUGGUCUCUUUC